AUCACUUCGAAUAUAAAUGGUUUGAAACCAUUGUUGAAAAGAGACGAUGCGAAAAAGAAGAAAAAAGAUGGGGACCAAUAUUUUGACGGUAAAAACUAUCGAGAUGCUUUGAAAAUGUAUGAUGAGGCAAUUUCCUUAUGGCCGGAAAAUGUUUCCUUUUAUGAGAGCCGAAUCGCAUGCCUGAUGAUGAUAGGCGACUACAAGAAAGCUCUCGGAGCAUGUCGAUCCAUAUUGCUGUUCUCAAAAGGAUAUGGGUACAUGGUGAAAUGUUACGUGAUCCUUGGUGACACCUUUGCUGCCCAAGACAUCAAUCGGAAAUGGAAAGAAAUUGAAUCUGAAAAUGACAUCAUAAUUGAAUGCAAGAAACAGUGCAACGAAUUGAUCGCAUUGGAAAAAAAUGCUACGAAAUAUUAUAACAAGAGCAAUUUUCAAAAAUCACUCGAGUAUGUUGAUGAAGCCUCGAAAAUUGCCCAUUCCUCAAUCAAAUGGAAAUUACUGCGCGGCGAAUGUCUAGCAUUGCUGGGACGCUUCGAGGAAGCAAAUAAUUUAGCCGUAGCAUGUAUGCAAGCUGAUCCAUCUAGUGCUGAUGCGGUUUAUAUACGUGCAUUGUGUUUAUAUGAAAAAGACUGGGAACUGGGGCUCAAAUACUUUGAAAAUGUACUAAUUUUAGAUCCUGACCAUAAGAAAACGAUAAAAAGGAUCCUAACUUUGAGAAAGUUCAAACAAAAAGAUAAAAUCGGGAAGAAAUUGCUAGAGGAAGGCAAAUACCGAGAAGCAAGUGAAAAUUUCUCACAAGCUCUUGAAAUCGGUCCAGUUAAUUCGACAAUUAUUCAGAAUUUGUUGUAUAAUCGUGCUCUUGCAAACUCAAAGGCUGGAUUCGUUCGCAAUGCGAUCAACGAUUGUACCAGAGUUGUGAAAAAUAGCGUCCUCUAUACUAAAGUCUUGAGGCUGCGGGCAAAAUGUCAUUUCACUAUGGGGAAUUUCCAAAAGUGUAUUCAAGACUUUGAAGAAUUGUUAAGAAUCAAAAGAUCUGCUGAUGUGGAAACCAUGCUCAAAGAGGCGAAAAAUGCACUGCGACGAUCACAAUCGGACAACUACUAUGAUAUAUUAGAUGUCCCGAAAAAUGCCACUCAAGGAGAAAUAAGAAGAGCAUAUUUAAAACUCGCCCAAAUUCACCACCCUGAUAAACAUUCAGACGCUUCAAAUGAUGAUAAGGUCGAACAACAAGAAGUGUUCAAGAAAAUAAAUGCUGCUCACGAGGUAUUUUCCGGCGAGAAAUCCAAACAAUUGCCAUAAAAUGGUCGGUAUUGCGUCAUAAUGUGGAAAAUGUACUAAAAGUGAGGAAUCCCGUGUGCAAAUAAAAUGUCUAACAGUCACUCAGUUGUAUGUAACUGUAUGCAGUGAUAAACAACUAAAACUGGCUAAGUUGAUUGAAAUCAUGCGUUUUGUAUGGAGACAAUCACGUUUAGUUAUUCUUUCAGUCAGUCGACUAAUUUGGGACAUUUUGACUAAGAGUGAUUUGUGAUUAAAGUUAACUGCAGUUGCUUAUUUUGUUCGAGACAAUCACUUUUAUCAGUCAAAAUUUUUCAAACGGGAUUUAUUCAAUUUUUCCAUAAAUAUGGAUUUUCAGUCGCCGACUGGCACAGGUAAACGACCUUGAAAAUUGCAAAUUUUAGUAUUCUAAUUUUUCUUUUUGGGUCAAGCCACGCAUGAGAAAAUCGAAACUUGCCCCAAAAAGCCUACCCUACCUUGAGAUUUGCACAUGUUUUUGAACGGAAAGAUUCUCAAAACACAUAGAGAAAUAUCAAAUUGACUUAAUUACGGUUUAUGGCUAUGUCCGACAACAUCCAAUUACAUUCAAAUAAUCUGGAUUCAGAAAAGGAUCGAUUUCAUGUAUGAAAUAGUCGAUCUACGAAUGUCAGUGUGGAAGUGCCGCAUUAACUCGCUUAGGAUGGCAUUGGGCCAAAUUCACUAUAAUUCAAUCUAUGAUUUUUUUACAAUUAUUUCGUAUGAACUAAUUGUUUUUCAUAAGGUGAUUGGUUUUGGGUAAAUUCGUAUUAUUUCAAUACUCCAAUGAAACAGUAUUGAGAACGGCUUUCAACCAUUUUGUAAAUCGAUGAGAAUCGAUUUGAAACCACACUCUAAAUGACUAGGCAAGCGAACGAGUUAAAUCAUUUCUUUAUUUUAAAGAAAAGAUUUUGAGGCGACUGCGGAUUCGAACCACAGGUCUUUGGAUUGCCGGUCCACUGCUCUAACCGCUAAGCUAUCGCCACCCGUUCUUUUGCCACGUCAUUUUUUGAGUUGAACAGAGCGCUAGCAACUGUUUUAGUUUUUGGUGAAUGGUGUGACUUUUUUCGUCACUGGUUUCAUUCGGGGUUUCGAAUCCGCAGUCGCCUCAAAAUCUUUUCUUUAAAAUAAAGAAAUGAUUUAACUCGUUCGCUUGCCUAGUCAUUUAGAGUGUUGUUUCAAAUCGAUUCUCAUCGAUUUACAAAAUGGUUGAAAGCCUUUCUCAAUACUGUUUCAUUGGAGUAUUGAAAUAAUAUUAAUUCAAUCUAGUUUAAUUGCGCUUAUCAUUGAAUUAUUGAAAACAAUUGAUUGAAUGGUCGGGUAGGCCACUAAUGGCGGAAUGAAACAGGGAUUUUUAACUUGGUAAAUAAGCACACAAUUUCAAAUUAAAGCGAUUAUUAAUCAAUUAUGCCCACAAUUUGAUUGAAAAUCAAGGUUAAAGUGUUUAAUUGAAACACUAUUAGGCAAAUUGUGUUUGAACAAUUCAAAUUAUAUUUUAUUUUUUAUUUUAUUUAACACCGCCAAGCUCUGGCUGAAUAUAAUGUGGGUUUUGAUUGGGGUUUGGCAGGAAAAGAGUGCAAGACUGUUACAUAUUUAAAAUAAUAAACAAUUUGUGGCAAUAGGUUUCGAUAACUAUCAGUUCUCGCCUCGUUAAAAACCUGGCUCUUUUCGUAAAUUAUGCGGUAAUCACAAUAGUAGGAACAUGGAAACGAAAACAGUCAUGCAACCAAGAUGGAAAUGCCUGAUAUUAGUCUAUGGCAAACGGUCCAAGAUAACCUUUGGUAAACGUUUCCAAGGGACAAAGGCUAUGUGAAGCGUUUAAUUACGCGUUAAUUUGAGACUCUAGGACAGCAAAAGUCGUCGCUCAAUUUAUACCGGUAGAUAAAUUGACGAGAAGUUUUACGUCUGUAAAGGCAGAUCCAUGUUGAUUGCAGAGUGCAUUGAGUUGACAUGGACUAUGAUUUGAAACGUAACUAGAGCAUUUGAUGCUAUUUGAUAAAUAAUUCACAUUUGAUUUCAAUGAUAAGAAUAUUAAGUCGCCAACUCGUGGAUGGCUUUAACAAAGAACAAAAUGAAUUUACAAUAAAUAAGUGUAAACAUCACAGAAAGGUAUCAUUAUUUCAAUACAUAUGAAAGGAAUGUACGGAAAAUAAUUCGUCAGAAUUUUAGUAUUGAUUUUUGCUGCGUGAUUUGUGUGAGCUCAGUUGAAUACCGCGCGGGUGGAAUAUGAACGAAC